CUCCCGCAGCGACCGGCGCUCUCCGGCAGGAUUAAAUUGGCCGCCCCGGGGCGACGGCGCGGGCAGGCGCAGGCUGCGCGGCCGUGGCGGGGCGCGAAGGCGCUGGGGGGAAAAGUGCUGGUGGCGACGGCUGCCCGGAGACAACAUGAUCAGGCUCUGAAAGGGUUCCAGUUGCAAUUUCAGAAGAUAGACUCUCUGCGGCUCCCUGGGCAGUAGUGAUUGCACACUGCCAGCACAGGCUGCUGACGAGCUGAACUACAGGAUGGUGCACAUCACCAGGCCGCUGUUGCUGCUCCUUGCCUUCUUCCUCCGCGUGGAUGCUGAGACACCUCCUAGGUUUACACGAACUCCCGUUGAUCAAACAGGGGUCUCUGGCGGAGUUGCUUCUUUCAUUUGCCAAGCUACAGGAGACCCACGACCUAAAAUUGUGUGGAACAAAAAAGGAAAGAAAGUCAGCAACCAGAGAUUUGAGGUAAUAGAGUUUGAUGAUGGAUCUGGAUCAGUUCUCAGAAUUCAGCCUUUGCGGACUCCUCGGGAUGAGGCCAUUUAUGAAUGCGUGGCCUCGAACAAUGUGGGAGAGAUAAGUGUGUCCACCAGACUCACAGUUUUACGUGAGGACCAGAUUCCUAGGGGCUUUCCUACCAUUGAUAUGGGCCCACAGUUAAAGGUGGUAGAGCGUACACGCACUGCCACCAUGCUUUGUGCAGCCAGUGGUAAUCCGGAUCCAGAAAUCACUUGGUUUAAAGAUUUCUUACCUGUCGACACAAGCAACAACAAUGGUCGUAUUAAGCAGUUACGAUCAGGAGCCCUUCAGAUCGAACAGAGUGAAGAAUCUGACCAAGGAAAAUAUGAGUGUGUUGCUACGAACAGCGCAGGCACUCGCUACUCUGCCCCUGCCAAUUUAUAUGUCAGAGUUCGCCGUGUCCCACCAAGAUUCUCUAUCCCACCCACUAAUCAUGAAAUCAUGCCAGGUGGAAGUGUUAAUAUCACCUGUGUGGCAGUGGGGUCACCAAUGCCUUAUGUGAAGUGGAUGUUGGGGGCAGAAGAUUUGACACCUGAAGAUGACAUGCCUAUUGGGAGAAAUGUCUUAGAACUGAAUGAUGUAAGACAGUCAGCAAAUUAUACCUGUGUUGCCAUGUCAACACUAGGUGUCAUUGAAGCAAUAGCACAGAUCACUGUCAAAGCCUUACCCAAACCUCCAGGAACUCCAGUAGUGACUGAAAGCACUGCUACAAGCAUCACCCUAACAUGGGACUCUGGGAACCCUGAGCCUGUCUCCUACUACAUCAUUCAGCAUAAACCUAAAAAUUCUGAGGAACCUUACAAAGAAAUCGAUGGGGUAGCAACCACACGCUACAGUGUUGCUGGACUAAGUCCCUACUCGGAUUAUGAAUUCAGAGUUGUAGCUGUCAAUAACAUUGGGCGGGGGCCUCCCAGUGAACCUGUGUUAACACAAACCUCAGAGCAAGCACCAUCCAGUGCCCCAAGGGAUGUCCAGGCACGGAUGUUGAGCUCAACCACCAUCUUGGUACAGUGGAAGGAACCUGAGGAGCCAAAUGGACAGAUCCAAGGAUACAGAGUGUAUUAUACCAUGGAUCCUACUCAACAUGUCAACAACUGGAUGAAACAUAAUGUAGCAGAUAGCCAAAUCACUACCAUUGGCAAUUUAGUGCCCCAGAAAACAUAUUCAGUCAAAGUGUUGGCUUUUACCUCAAUUGGAGAUGGUCCUCUCUCAAGUGACAUACAAGUCAUCACUCAGACAGGAGUACCAGGGCAGCCACUAAACUUCAAAGCAGAACCUGAGUCUGAAACAAGCAUUUUGCUCUCUUGGACACCUCCACGUUCCGACACCAUCGCCAGCUAUGAACUAGUCUACAAAGAUGGGGAGCUUGGAGAGGAGCAACGAGUUACCAUUGAGCCAGGGACAUCAUACAGGCUGCAAGGGCUGAAACCAAACAGCCUUUACUAUUUCCGUCUGGCUGCACGCUCUCCUCAAGGCCUGGGUGCUUCCACAACGGAAAUAUCAGCAAGAACCAUGCAAUCAAAGCCGUCAGCUCCUCCUCAAGACAUUAGUUGCACCAGCCCAAGUUCCACUAGUAUCUUGGUAAGUUGGCAACCUCCACCAGUGGAAAAACAGAAUGGAAUCAUCACCGAAUACUCACUCAAGUACAUCGCCGUGGACGGGGAAGAUGACAAGCCUCAUGAGGUUUUGGGAAUCCCUUCGGACACUACCAAAUACCUUUUGGAACAGCUGGAAAAAUGGACUGAAUACCGGAUCACUGUGACUGCUCACACCGAUGUCGGCCCUGGCCCUGAGAGCCUGUCCAUAUUGAUUCGAACCGAUGAAGAUGUUCCUAGUGGUCCUCCUCGCAAAGUCGAGGUAGAGGCUGUCAACUCAACAUCUGUUAAAGUCUCAUGGCGCUCACCUGUGCCCAAUAAACAGCAUGGCCAGAUAAGAGGAUACCAGGUGCAUUAUGUGAGGAUGGAAAAUGGUGAGCCCAAGGGGCAGCCCAUGCUGAAGGACGUCAUGCUGGCUGAUGCACAGUGGGAAUUUGAUGAUACUACUGAACAUGACAUGAUCAUUUCUGGGCUACAGCCUGAAACUUCAUACUCUCUCACUGUCACAGCCUAUACCACCAAAGGAGAUGGUGCUCGAAGCAAGCCCAAACUGGUGUCCACCACUGGGGCAGUUCCAGGAAAACCCCGGCUAGUAAUUAACCACACUCAGAUGAAUACUGCUCUCAUUCAGUGGCAUCCCCCCGUGGACACCUUUGGACCCCUUCAGGGCUACCGUCUAAAGUUUGGCCGCAAAGAUAUGGAACCACUCACUACUCUGGAGUUCUCAGAAAAAGAAGAUCACUUUACAGCUACAGACAUCCACAAGGGAGCAUCUUAUGUCUUCAGGCUCUCCGCCAGAAAUAAAGUGGGCUUUGGGGAGGAGAUGGUGAAAGAAAUCACUGUUCCCGAAGAAAUACCAACUGGAUUCCCUCAAAACCUCCACUCAGAAGGCACCACUUCAACCUCUGUCCAGUUAUCUUGGCAGCCACCUGUCCUGGCAGAGCGAAAUGGCAUUAUCACCAAGUAUACUCUUCUAUAUAGGGAUAUCAACAUCCCCCUUCACCCAUUGGAGCAACUCCUUGUUCCAGCUGACACUUCUAUGACACUCACUGGCUUAAAACCCGAUACCACAUAUGAUGUAAAAGUACGUGCUCACACGAGCAAAGGGCCCGGGCCAUAUAGUCCCAGUGUCCAGUUCAGGACACUGCCUGUGGAUCAAGCAGUGUUUGCAAAAAAUUUUCAUGUCAAAGCAGUAAUGAAGACUUCUGUGUUGCUGUCUUGGGAGAUUCCAGAGAAUUAUAAUUCUGCCAUGCCUUUCAAAAUUCUUUAUGAUGAUGGGAAAAUGGUAGAAGAAGUUGAUGGCCGAGCCACACAGAAGUUAAUUGUCAACCUAAAGCCUGAGAAGUCCUAUUCCUUUGUGCUAACAAAUCGUGGAAACAGUGCUGGUGGUCUGCAGCACAGGGUAACCGCCAAGACUGCACCAGAUGUUCUGCGUACCAAACCUGCCUUCAUUGGAAAGACCAACUUGGAUGGAAUGAUUACUGUGCAACUUCCUGAAGUUCCUGCAAAUGAAAACAUAAAAGGUUACUACAUAAUAAUCGUGCCUUUGAAGAAAUCUCGUGGGAAAUUUAUCAAGCCAUGGGAGAGUCCUGAUGAAAUGGAAUUAGAUGAGCUGCUUAAGGAGAUAUCUAGGAAACGCAGAAGCAUCCGUUAUGGGAGAGAAGUCGAAUUAAAGCCAUAUAUUGCAGCUCACUUUGAUGUUCUGCCUACCGAGUUCACCCUGGGGGAUGACAAGCAUUAUGGUGGAUUUACAAACAAGCAACUCCAAAGCGGUCAAGAAUAUGUCUUCUUCGUGUUAGCGGUGAUGGAACAUGCAGAGUCUAAGAUGUAUGCAACCAGCCCCUAUUCUGACCCUGUUGUGUCAAUGGAUCUGGACCCACAGCCAAUCACAGAUGAAGAGGAAGGCUUGAUCUGGGUUGUAGGGCCUGUCCUCGCAGUGGUCUUUAUCAUCUGCAUUGUCAUUGCUAUUCUUCUCUACAAAAGGAAAAGGGCAGAAUCUGAGUCUAGAAAAAGCAGCAUACCGAACAGUAAGGAGGUCCCUUCACACCAUCCAACAGACCCAGUAGAACUGAGGCGCCUUAACUUUCAAACACCAGGUUCAGAUGAUUCCGGUUACCCUGGUAACCUUCAUUCUUCAAGUAUGGCUAGUCAUCCUCCAAUACCUAUCUUGGAACUUGCAGAUCACAUUGAAAGGUUGAAAGCAAAUGACAACUUGAAGUUUUCCCAAGAAUAUGAGUCAAUUGACCCUGGCCAACAGUUCACAUGGGAACAUUCAAACUUGGAAGUAAAUAAACCAAAGAACAGAUAUGCAAAUGUAAUUGCAUAUGAUCAUUCCCGGGUUCUCUUAUCAGCAAUAGAAGGCAUCCCAGGAAGUGACUACGUGAAUGCCAACUACAUAGAUGGCUACAGGAAGCAAAAUGCUUAUAUUGCAACACAGGGAUCUCUUCCUGAAACAUUUGGGGACUUUUGGAGAAUGAUAUGGGAGCAACGGAGUGCCACGAUUGUCAUGAUGACAAAAUUAGAAGAAAGAUCCAGGGUGAAGUGUGACCAAUAUUGGCCCAGCCGAGGCACAGAGACCCAUGGACUGGUCCAAGUGACACUGCUAGAUACGGUGGAGCUGGCCACAUAUUGUGUUCGAACAUUUGCACUUUACAAGAAUGGCUCAAGUGAGAAGAGAGAAGUGAGACAAUUCCAGUUCACCGCCUGGCCUGACCAUGGCGUUCCAGAGCACCCCACGCCUUUCUUAGCUUUCUUACGGAGAGUCAAAACCUGUAACCCUCCUGAUGCAGGACCCAUGGUUGUGCACUGCAGUGCGGGAGUUGGCCGGACUGGUUGUUUCAUCGUAAUAGAUGCCAUGUUAGAAAGAAUAAAGCAUGAAAAAACUGUAGAUAUUUAUGGCCAUGUAACCUUAAUGAGAGCCCAGAGGAAUUACAUGGUUCAAACAGAAGACCAGUACAUCUUUAUCCAUGAUGCACUGUUAGAAGCAGUGACUUGUGGAAAUACCGAAGUGCCAGCUAGAAAUUUGUAUGCCUACAUUCAGAAGCUGACACAAAUAGAAACAGGGGAGAAUGUCACAGGAAUGGAGCUUGAAUUUAAGCGUCUAGCCAGCUCAAAAGCUCACACCUCAAGAUUCAUCAGUGCCAAUCUUCCAUGUAAUAAAUUCAAAAAUCGCCUUGUUAAUAUUAUGCCAUAUGAAUCCACAAGGGUAUGCCUACAGCCUAUCCGAGGAGUAGAAGGAUCUGAUUACAUCAAUGCCAGUUUUAUUGAUGGAUACAGACAACAGAAGGCCUACAUUGCUACCCAAGGACCCUUGGCAGAAACCACUGAAGACUUUUGGCGGAUGCUCUGGGAACACAACUCCACCAUCGUCGUGAUGCUAACCAAGCUGCGUGAAAUGGGCAGAGAGAAAUGUCACCAAUACUGGCCAGCUGAGCGUUCAGCAAGAUAUCAGUAUUUUGUUGUAGAUCCUAUGGCUGAAUAUAACAUGCCACAAUAUAUCCUAAGGGAAUUCAAGGUCACAGAUGCCAGGGACGGCCAGUCCCGAACAGUGAGGCAGUUCCAGUUCACUGACUGGCCAGAACAAGGAGUGCCAAAGUCUGGAGAAGGAUUUAUUGACUUCAUCGGCCAAGUUCAUAAAACAAAGGAGCAGUUUGGUCAAGAUGGACCCAUUUCAGUCCACUGCAGUGCGGGCGUUGGAAGAACUGGUGUCUUCAUAACACUGAGCAUUGUUUUGGAAAGAAUGAGAUAUGAAGGAGUUGUAGACAUCUUCCAAACUGUCAAAAUGUUAAGAACACAACGACCAGCCAUGGUGCAGACAGAGGAUCAGUACCAGUUCUGCUAUCGAGCCGCACUUGAAUACCUGGGCAGCUUUGAUCACUAUGCAACAUAGAAACCCCUGACCCUUUCUGGAUUUUUACUACAGGCCCUUCAAUAUCCACGGAGUCUCUUCUGAGCCAUACAGGGCAUUUGAGAAGUCCUUCUUAACUUCUAGCUAACAACCACUUAGUGGAACUAUUACACACAAAACAAAUUUAAAACAAACUCCUCCAACUGGACCAAGCAUUCACAGUUUAAUAAUCUAACCUGAAAAAAAAAAAAAAAUAAGGAGAAUCCUGACUUACGAGGAAUCUGGAGGAUUUUAUUUACAGAUACCUCAAGGAUUCAAAAUAACAGAAGAACUCACAGCAAAGAACCAUCAUCCUGUUCAGGAUUGCUUGAUAAGAUACAAAGAGAGAUUGGCCAGCGAGUUUCAGUUCAUACAGGGGUUCGCUGGUGUGGCUUCUUACAGUAAGAUCGACUCUGCUUCUCCAUUGCCCUUCCCACCAUACUGCUCAUAAUUACAUUUUAGGGGUCAGGGUGGGGAAUGUUUAAAAAAAAAAAAAGAAAGUCCUUGAUUUAGUUUUCUAGUAUUGUAAAGAUACUGCUGACCUGUGUUUCAUUUCUAACUGUGUAAACUUUUUUUUUUUAACAAAAUGUAUCAUUCGAUAAAGUGAAUUUUAAAAUGAGUUACAUAACUCUUCAUUUUUUUAUUUCCAAAUUGUAGGGAGUUUUUUUUUAAGCUGUAGAACUGUUACCUGUAAUAUCCUGUAGAAAUAUCAAAGAAUUUGAAAAUUUGCACAUUUUUGUGCAAUACUCUUAAUCUACAGUCUCAGAUUCAGCAACUGUUACUUUUUAGACUUCUGUUUAGUUCUAACCGAUGAGCAAUUGCCUAUUCUCUUCAAAUAAUCAAAGCCAAGUUUUGUUGUGGUUUUGGAAUCAACAGGGAAGCGCAAAGUAUAAAGUUGCUACUUACAUAUAUACAUAUAUAUCCAUAUUUACAUAAGGAUGUCUAUGUAUGUAUAGUAUCCAUACAAAGACAGAGUUAGCUAUCAUUCAGUUCUUCCAUGAUUUAGUUUUCUGAAGGGUAGAAAAGCCAAUGUAAACAUCUUUUUUCAGUUGCUUCUUAAUUUUACAACAUAUUGGUAUUUCUUAAUAUCACAACUUUUAUUUUUGAAGGGAAAUGAGGAAUGCACAUCAAUGAUGGUCAAACCUCACCCCCUAUUGUUAUACCCAAGAUCCGCCCCCCCCCCCCACCCCACCGACCCCAACAUAUUCACAAAUACCAUUUUGUUAGCCAGGCUUCCAAUGAAGUUCAAUAUUACUAACACUCUAGUGCAAUAAAGAUUAUUAAAUAUCUACGAGGUGUGCAUGUGGAAAAAGGUCAGUGCAAAUCCCUUUGGGAGGGGAGAAUGUUGUAAUAUAUCAGCUAUCAAGUUGUUUUUUUAAAAAAAAUUGUAUUCAAUCGUAUAUUGUCUAUAGUAUGUGCUAUGAAAUUUGCAUUUAUGAUAUGUAACAGGGGCAAAGCCAAACUCAUGUUACUUCCUUCAGUCAGAAGCAUUUUGUGGCAUACAGCAUUCCUGGGAAGUGCUGUACUUUGUUUUGUUUUAGUUUUAGUUUUGCAUUUAGAGUGCCUUAUAAUUGAUGCCUAUUUUAAUAGACUUUCUUUUUUAGCUUUUGGUUCGUAUUUCCAUUAGUGUUCGUAUCUGUUACUCUUUGAAUUAAAGCAUUAUCUGUUUACCACAUGUACAAAAACUCUUUGAAUAAUAUGCAUUCCUAGUUUUCAACCAAGUCGGGGAUGUUAGCAAAUGUACCAGCCCAAAGCACUUGGAUAAUCAGGGCCCUUCUGUUCCUAAUCUCUCAACAUCAGGAAAAGAAAAAAUCUAUUGAUUUAUUUAUAAUCCUUUCCAAAUCAGUUCUGGAACAUGCAGUAACUGCACCAAACGUACUUUAGUAACAAGCAUCACUGGUGACUUUGGGAUGUACUGGAUAGUCCACAAGUAGCUGGAAUUUUUCUGAAAGGGAAAUAAAUAUUAUAGACCUCCCCCAAAUCUUCCAACAGUAUUUUUCUAGGAAGCUGUGGGUGGUGGCAUUAGUUGGCCAUAGAUUCCAUAACUUUAGGGAAACCUCAGAAAAAUCUUAAGACCAAUAAAAGAGUUUCAAUAUAGUUCCAUUUGGGUUAGGUUUUAGCUUCCAGGAUGUGCUGAAUGAAUGGAUGUUUGUUUUCACUUUUUUUUUUUUUUUAACCCAUCAACUGGCAGAGUGAAAUCCAAGAGACCAAACACUUGCAAGCAUCGUAUUUGAGCACUUUUGUAGAAAAAAAUAAAUAAAAGAAAAAAGAAAAAACUAUAUAUAUGUAUAAUACUUAAAAAAAAAAAUAGUAUCUAGAAGGCUACCUCAGAAUGAGACUCUCUAACCUUCAUCAGAACCAGAGAAGAAUGUGCACUAUGUGGGUCUGUUGUUGUUUUCUUUUAGGUUGUUAUCUUUUGAAGAUUUAUCCAAGUGCCAGAUUACUCAGUGCUGUAACUUUCCUUUAGUGAAACAAGGGGGGGGGGGGUGUCAGACAUCACAUCAUCCACACACGCCAUGCUGCACAUGGGGAAAUGAUGCAGUAUCGCACACCAGAACAAUUGGCCCAUGAGCAAUUUGUCUCCCUGAAAAGCAACAACAACAAAAACCAAGCCUGCCCCCAUGGCAGAAAGAAUGAGGGAAAGAUGUUCAUGAAUGGGAUACACACCAUAGAUGAAUGAGGCGGAGACUAUUCCAGAAAUCUGACUGUUCAAGAGCUGUUUCUAGAACUAACUCCCUUACUGUCAUUGAUGUGCAUUCCACUCUGUAACUUUUCUGUAUAACCAUCCAAGGUUUUAAUUUCCCUGGUAAACAUCUUUAUCUAACAUUCUCAUCGACUUUCAAGUUUCCAGUUAUGUUCAUCCUCAUAACCAGUACGGUGCUAUUAUUUACCUAUGUAUGUGUAGUUAUGUAUAAUUUUGUAAUUAGUUACAAUGGUAAAAAAAAUCAAAAUAUAUAAAAAGUGAUUUGUACAGAACUUUAUUUUAGCUCUUUUUUAAAAAUUAUUUGCAUGGUUAGACAAUGGCAAGGACAGCCAGGGGAGGGAAGGGCCUCUAGGGAACUUUGCACUUUCUCUACCUUUGUACUAUGCACUGCCCUAUUGAUUCUACACCCAAUAAUGUUAUUACUUGAACCCAUCUGUAAGAAACUGCUUCAGAAAUUCAUUUAUGUGUAUGUAAAUAACACAACACAGAAACAGGAAAGAGAAAAACUAUGUGCAGUGAUGCACAGAGAAAAGAUGUGCAUCUGUGCUCAUAUUUUUCCUGUCCUGUUUCUUUUUGGUUUUUCAGUCCUUCUUCUUAAGUGUUUUCUUCUUGUUUGGUUUUUCUUUUUGGAUUAUUGUUUCAUUUGGGUUUAUGGGUGCCCUGAUACUCCAGCAGAGAUCAGAAGGCUACAGGUCCAUCCUAUCCAUCCGUUAUGUGGCUUUGCCAUCCAAGCUUGGAGUGUCUUUACAAAGAUAAAAACAGUUGUGUUCUUUGCUCUCGUUUUGGAUGCAUAGACUGAAAACUUAAAAAAAUAACUUGUAAAAUGGCUUGUUAAAAAAAUACAAUUACCUCUAAUUAGUAGUACGCGUAAAUGUUUUACAGAAUGAAAGGCGUGCUUUUUAUUUUCUUACUUCGUUACAUUGGUGGCGAAAGAAGUCUGUAUGAAAAUCAGUUCUUUGCUGACACAAGUUCCAUUUGUUACAAAUGAAUUCUAAUAAAAAUGUCAGUGUUAUGCA